AUGCAAUCCAUUCUAUGUCCAUCAGACUACCAAGUGACUACUCCCGACUCAACACUUGGAGAUGUUUCAUCUGAUGAUGACGUCAUGGAUCGAACUUGGAUCCCUAAUUCUGUACAAGAUGCUGGUCAGUUGUCAUCUUCAUCUGAUGAUUCUACAUAUGCUAGAAAUACAGUAACUUCUUCGGUGACGGCAGAAACGCUAGGUAAUGUUAGGGUUAAAAGAAAGUGUGGUAUUGGCAUAAUGCAGAGAAAACUACGUAAGGAAAGAUCUGAAAAAAUUGGAAAGGGAGAAGAAUAUACAAACCAAUCUGGAAAGAAAAUAUUAAGAAGUACUUUUACCGACUAUCGUUCACUACAAACACGGGAUAUGCAACGUCUACAUCUCAGUCAUCACAUAUUAUUAUCAAAACCAGUUAGAGUUAAAAUUGAAAAUGCAAUACAGAAAAGAGAUAUAUCUGUACAGUAUGGCAUAGAAAUUGACGGAAGACGAGAGAAUGUAUGUCAACAAUGUUUUCGUAUAGUUGGAAUUAGGAUAAUUGGAAGAGACGAAAAAGGCAGACAUGAACCAAAAAUUAAACAUUCAACUGCAGCAGUAGCUUAUGUUCAUAUUCACAUUACCAGUUUCCCAGCAUAUGAAAGUCAUUAUUCCAGAAGUCACACAACAAAGCAAUACCUGGAGACUGGCUUAAAUUUACAAAAAAUGCUUUAUAAAAAAAAUCGCUUGCACGAAGAACAUGUCUCUCAACAACAAAAAGCAAAGGUUCAUUAUGAAUGUAAAUCAUUAGACAAACAGCAUGCAAAAUCUUUAAACAACACGACCGUUGUAGCAGUUUGCGAUUUACAACAAUGCCUAGCAACACCAUUUUUAAAUACACGUGUAGCAUUUUUCAAACGAAAAUUAUGGACUUAA